AUGGUAGAAAUUUUAGAUCUUUCAAAUAAUAGGUUAAGUGGUAUAAUUCCAGAGUGCAUGGGAAAUUUUAGCAGUCUUCGUGUGUUGGAUUUGCGGAAGAAUAGGUUUUAUGGCUCCAUUCCUGGAACAUUUGCAGAGGGAAAUCAUUACAUUCUGGAUCUUGGAAACAAGAAGAUAAAUGAUACAUUCCCAUAUUGGUUGGGAAAUCUUCUAGAGCUACGAGUUUUGGUUCUUUGUUCCAAUAAGUUUUAUGGUUCUAUACGGGAUUGUUCCAAGACAAACAAGUGUUUUCCAAAGUUGAGAAUCUUUGAUCUCUCAAACAACAGCUUCAGCAAUUUUUUGCCUACUCUGUAUUUCAAAAACCUUGAAGCCAUGAUGGAUGUCGGUGAAGAUGAAAGGGAAUUGGAAUAUAUGGGUGAAGAUUAUUAUCAAGAUUCUGUUAUCUUGACAUGGAAAGGGCAUGAAAUUCAACUAGGGAGAGUUAUCACUACUUGCACCACCAUUGAUUUUUCAAACAAUUACUUCCAUGGAGAGAUUCCGAGAGUGAUUGGAAACCUUCAUGCACUUCGUCUUCUCAAUCUUUCUCAUAACAAUCUAUCAGGUUGUAUCCCAUCUUCGCUUGGAAAUUCGAUUGCUCUUGAAUCCUUAGACCUCUCUUCAAAUAAGCUUACUGGGAAAAUUCCAUGGCAGUUGGCAAAUUUAAGUUUUCUUCAAGUUCUAAAUUUGUCUCAAAACCAUCUUAGCGAACCCAUACCUCAAGACAACCACUUGGAUACCUUCUCAAACAAUUCAUAUGAUGGGAAUUUAGAAUUGUGUGGAUUUCCUUUGUCACAAAAAUGUGGUACUUACAGUGAGACACCACAACCACCCUCAACGUUAGAAGAUGAUGCAGAGUCUUCAAGUGGAUUCGGUUGGAAAGUGGUGUUGAUAUGGAAAGCCUUAGUGGGUUAUAAGGAUAGUUGA